GCUUCUUUAUAUUUACACUAACUUUUUAAACAAAAUGGCCUCUCGUAUCCUCAACUCUCAAGUCGUUGCCUCCAUCAAGCGUGCUGGUGUUCGUUAUCAAUCCACUGCCGUUGAUGGUGGUUUCACUGCUCAACGUGAUGCCAUCAAGCACCACGCUGCUGAGGCCGCUGGUACUUGGAAGAAGAUCUCCAUCUUUGUUACCAUUCCUUGUCUUGCCGCUGCUAGUUUCAACGCUUAUAACCUUUAUGAAGCACAUCACGAACACCAAAAGCACCACCCUAAGGAAUGGAUCUUGUAUCCUUACAUUAACUUCCGUGCCAGAUCUUUCUUCUGGGGUAAGGAAUCUCUCUUCUUCAACCCUGAAGUCAACCUUUCUGUCGAACAAGAGUAAAUCUCGAGCCAUUCGUUUUUAUCCGACAUAAAAAAUUAAUAGAAAAACCCGGGCCGUUUUUGUAAUGAAACCUUUUUAUUUAAUAAAUUGAAUAUAACCUUUUUUAUUUUACGGCCUGUAGUCAGUAGUCAGAGAAAGAAAAAUAGAGUACAAAGCUGUCAAAAUGUUUGGGGGGAUAGUAAAUACGGUAUAUUAAAC